AUGGGAGAGUGUGUAGACAAGGAACAGCAGGUAAGUGUGUGGAGAGGCAGUGUGAGACAGAAGAGUCUCUGGGGGACAGCAACAGUUCUUCACCCUCAGUGCCACUGUAGAGGAGCUGCUGUGACUAGGGGAGGUGAGGCUGUAGACAGGCGGAGCACCACCCCCAGUGGGAUUGAAACUCAGGGGGACGUCCCCAGCGGGGCAGGACAGCAGGACAGCUUCCUCGGCUGGGCAGGACAGCGGGAAAGCUUCCUCGGCUGGACAGGGCAGCGGGACAGCUUCCUCAGCAGGACAGAGCAGCAGGACAGCCUCCUCAGCAGGACAGGGCAGCGGGACAGCUUCCUCAGCAGGACAGGGCAGCGGGACAGCUUCCUCAGCAGGACAGAGCAGCAGGACAGCCUCCUCAGCAGGACAGGGCAGCGGGACAGCUUCCUCAGCAGGACAGGGCAGUCUGACAGCUUCCUCAGCAGAACAGGGCAGUCUGACAGCUUCCUCAGCAGAACAGGGCAGCGGGACAGCUUCCUCAGCAAAACAGGGCAGCAGGACAGCUUCCUCAGCAAAACAGGGCAGCGGGACAGCUUCCUCAGCAGAACAGGGCAGUCUGACAGCUUCCUCAGCAGAACAGGGCAGCGGGACAGCUUCCUCAGCAGAACAGGGCAGCGGGACAGCUUCCUCAGCAGAACAGGGCAGCGGGACAGCUUCCUCAGCAGGACAGGGCAGCGGGACAGCUUCCUCAGCAGGACAGGGCAGCGGGACAGCUUCCUCAGCAGGACAGGGCAGCGGAACAGCUUUCUCAGCAGAACAGAGCAGCGGGACAGCUUCCUCAGCAGAACACGGUAGUGAAACAGCUUUCUCAGCAGAACAGAGCAGCGGGACAGCUUUCUCAGCAGAACAGAGCAGCAAGACAGCUUCCUCAGCAGAACAGGGCAGUGGAACAGCUUACUCAGCAGAACAGGGUAGCGGGACAGCUUCCCCAGUGGCAGAGACCUCCACGCAGGUCUCUGGCUGGAGCUCUGAGGUCGCCCUGUUGACCUCAGGCGGAGGCUUCGAGGUCGCCACGUUAACCUCGGGCUGGGACUCUGGGGCUGUGACCUUCUGCUGCCUGCAUUGCGCAGUGUAGUCCCCCAGCAGCGGGAAGCCCCAGUAGCUCGGGUAGCUCUGCUGCCUGCAUAGCGUAGCGUUGUUCCCCGGUGGCGGGAAGCCCCAGUAAUCCGUGUAGCUCGACUGCCCGCGUAGCGCGGCAUAGCUCUCCGGCAGCGGGGGUGGGGGAAUUUGCGUGGGUGGAGACGUGGCGCGUGGCCCGGCUUGCUGCAGCAGCUUCAGAAGGUGGUGGAUUUGAGCAAGUUCCUCGUUUAGCUGUUUGCUCUGUUCCCAGAACGAUCGACGCCACGCCUCAAACUCGGUGGCGUUCAUCCUGAUAUGCUGCUUCUGUGUGGUGGCUCAGUAUUCUGUUACGUUACAGGGAGGUGAGGCGGGAGCAGGU